AUCAUCUGUUUUUAUCAGGUGCACACACGCGAGAGUGCUUAGAUGAUGAAUGGCCGGUGAAUAAUUGUACAAAGAUUUACAAUAAAAACAAUUUAAACAAAUUAAUUUUUAUAAAAUUACACAUGGUAAACACAUAAUGGCUAAACAGUUAUCGUUAUCGACUUUUAAAUUAUUGGAGCGUAAUUUAUUAAAAUUAGUGCAAAAUGGAAAUUUUAAUGGAGCACAGAUGUCCAGAAAUUUAUCAAUACAAAAACAUACUCCAAUAUUAAUUGAAUUUGAAAAAUCACUUCCACGACAAUGGAAAUUAUUUUUAGAAAAUCCUCCAAAAAGUAUUGAAAGAGUACUUCAACAAUUUAUAGUAUAUUCAGCAAAAGGUUUUGAAAAAUUUAAUAAUCGAGGUAAAGAAAAAAAAACAGAUAGUAAUGCAUCAGCUGAUGCAAAUAAGGAACACAAAAUUCCACCACCAUCAUCACAAUCAGCUGGACAAUAUUGGACAAAUUUAUUUGGUUCAAGUGGAAAAGGAGGUAGUGGAGGAAGUGGUAGUGGUGGUAGUGGAAAAUCAUAUGAUGGUAAUGAUAAAGAAAAAUGGAUAAUUGCUGGUGUUAUUGGUGCUGCUACACUUAUUGGUUCAUUGGUAUUUUUUGAAGUUGGAAGUAAAGAAAUAACUUGGCGUGAAUUUGUUUAUAAUUAUCUUAGUCGUGGUGUUGUUGAAAAACUUGAAGUUGUUAAUAAAAAAUGGGUAAGAGUACGUUUAUUACCUGGUCAAACAGUUGAUGGUUCAAAUUCAUUGUGGUUUAAUAUUGGUAGUGCUGAUACAUUUGAAAGAAAUUUAGAAAAUGCACAAAUUGAAAUGAAUAUUGAACCACAAAAUCAUCUUCCAGUUAUUUAUAAAUCUGAAAUUGAAGGAUCUACAAUUGUAUCAUAUUUACCAACAUUAUUAAUAUUAGGAUUAUUAAUUGGUGGAUUAAGACGUUCAGCUGCAUUUAUGGGUGGUAAAGGUGGUAAAAAAGGUGGUUUAUUUGGUGGUGUUAUGGAUUCAACAGCAAAAUUAAUAAAUCCAAAUGAAAUUGGUGUUAGAUUUCGUGAUGUUGCUGGUUGUGAAGAAGCUAAAAUUGAAAUAAUGGAAUUUGUUAAUUUUUUAAAAAAUCCACAACAAUAUAUUGAUCUUGGUGCUAAAAUACCAAAAGGUGCAAUAUUAACUGGUCCACCUGGUACUGGUAAAACAUUAUUAGCAAAAGCAACAGCUGGUGAAGCAAAUGUACCAUUUUUAACUGUAUCUGGAUCUGAAUUUCUUGAAAUGUUUGUUGGUGUUGGACCAUCAAGAGUACGUGAUAUGUUUGUUAUGGCUAGAAAACAUGCACCAUGUAUAUUAUUUAUUGAUGAAAUUGAUGCUGUUGGUAGAAAAAGAGGUGGAAGAAAUUUUUCUGGACAUUCAGAACAAGAAAAUACAUUAAAUCAAUUACUUGUUGAAAUGGAUGGUUUUAAUACAACUUCAAAUGUUGUUGUAUUAGCAGCAACAAAUCGUAUUGAUAUAUUGGAUAAUGCAUUAUUACGUCCUGGUAGAUUUGACAGACAAAUAUUUGUACCAGCACCUGAUAUUAAAGGUAGAGCAUCAAUAUUUAAGGUACAUUUAGGACCAUUAAAAACAAAUCUUGAUAGAGAUGAACUUGCUAGAAAAAUGGCAUCAUUAACACCUGGUUUUACUGGUGCUGAUAUUGCAAAUGUUUGUAAUGAAGCAGCAUUAAUUGCUGCACGUGAUUUAAGAACUGAUAUUAUUCUUAAAAAUUUUGAAUCAGCAAUUGAUCGUGUUGUUGCUGGAAUGGAAAAAAAAACUAAUGUUUUACAACCAGAAGAAAAAAAAACUGUUGCUUAUCAUGAAGCUGGACAUGCUGUUUGUGGAUGGUUUUUAGAAUAUGCUGAUCCUUUAUUAAAAGUAUCAAUAAUACCACGUGGUAAAGGUCUUGGUUAUGCACAAUAUUUACCUAGAGAACAAUAUCUCUAUUCAACAGAUCAACUUUUUGAUAGAAUGUGUAUGACACUUGGUGGUCGUGUAUCAGAAGAAAUAUUUUUUAAUAAAAUAACAACAGGUGCACAAGAUGAUUUACAAAAAAUAACAAAAAUUGCAUAUUCACAAAUUGUCAGUUAUGGAAUGAAUGAUAAAAUUGGACAAAUAAGCUUUGAACAACCUCAACCAGGUGAUAUGGUUAUGGAUAAACCUUACUCAGAACAUACUGCUCAACUUAUUGAUGAAGAAGCACGUAAUUUAAUUAAAAGAGCAUAUGAUAGAACUCGUGAACUUUUAUUAAAACACAAAGAAGAUGUUGUAAAAGUAGGAGAAAGAUUAUUGGCUAAAGAAAUUUUAAGCAGAGAUGACAUGAUUGAAUUAUUGGGACCAAGACCAUUCCCUGAAAAAUCAACAUAUGAACAAUUUGUUGAGGGUACUGGUUCAUUCGAAGAAAACACAACAUUACCAGAAGGACUUAAAGAUUGGAACGUUUCAAAAACUGACGAAGGUAAUUCAAAUAAAAAUAAAGAUAUAAAUAAUAAAGAUGAUGAAAAAAACAAAACUUCAACACCACCAACAACUGACGCAUCAGCAACAAAAUAAAAGCCCAAAAAUUUUGUAAGAAUUGUAAGUUGUUUUAUUUUGUUUUUUUUUUUUUUUUUUGCAUUUCCUUGUCUUUUUUUUUUUAAUUGAAAAUUUUCGUCUGUAGAUCAUAGCUCUUUUGUGUAAGUCUUUAAUCACACUUUGUAUAAUAGUAAAAAAAAAAAAACGAAAAACAAAAACGAAAAAAAAAUAAAUAUAACAUGUAACUAUAAAAUAAUUACAUGAAUAUAUAAAAUUAUUUGACUACAUUGAUUAUAAUGUAAAAAAAAAAAAAUUGAGAAUUAUAUAAAUAUUAUUAUUCAAAUGAGUGAAUGAUUAAGCUUUAAAACAUUUUCAUUUCAUAACGUAUAAUUUAAUAAAUAAAGUUUUACAAAUUUUUUUUUUGUUGGU